CACUAGACAGCUGCUGUGUCACAUAUGGACUAGAGUCGAAAAACAUGUUGCGCCUGUAAAAGGGAACCAAAUCGACUGGGAUUCAAUUAAAAGGAGUGCCGAAGCGCUCCGAAGCGAUUCUUUUAUGAUGGGCGAACCGAAAGCCACCGCGCAGCCUGGGGAGGAGCAAGCCUUCAACUGCAAGGAUGAAGCCAACGCCAUCAUUAAAGAUGUAAAGGCGCACGUCGCUGAGAUCUGCAUCUCCUCAAAACUAGCGAGCGAUGCCACGCAAAUUUACUUAAACAUCAGGACCAUCGAGAGCGCCACAUGCUGCGUUCAGGUGACCAGACGUGGCUUCAAGAUCGUCUCUUCCCAGUACGACACCAUAGACGAGGAAAGCCGGAUCUCCGCGCUACUUCGCAACGGAGAAGAGCAGGGUGACGAAAAUGAGGAGGAGGAGGAGAUAUUUGAAACCCCGUACGCGCUGCUCGAUAAGAUCAGCCCCCGCUACGUCGAGUCGUUCGGCAACCAGCUGUGCCAGCAGCUCAGAGCGCUGCAACAGAUGCGAACCGAGUUGAACGAGGAGGACGAGGAGGAAGAGGAGUGAUGGCAACCGAACUC